AUCUCAUGAUUUGGUGAUCUGGGGUCUUCUCAAUUAUUUUUUUUUCCCUUCUCUCUCAACUGUUUGUCUGGCAUCGAUUUACUACUUGAUAGUAGUAGUGGUUGUAGGAGUGUUUUAGGUGAUUUAACCCUCCUAGUCCCUUUUUGAAGAGCUUGAGCAUGAAGUGAAAGAAGAUGAUAUUUUUUGACCACAUAUCAGAUAAAGCCAACAAGACCACCCUAGAGAAUUUCUGUAGACAAUAAUAAAGCAAAGUUUGAAGAGGGAAAAAAAAUGCCCCUCUGGAGGAGUAGACUAGUUCGUCCUCUCUUCUUCUUUUUCACCCCCUUUUUCACAUGUGUGUACUCAGAUGUAGUGUCCUUUGAAGAGUGCUUGUCAUUGCAGUCAUUUUGAGAGCCUUCGAGGGUUUUUCUUUCUCCCUUGUCAUUCUAGUUCUGUUCUUUGUUGGUUUGUUCCGGUGAAAGAAGAAGAGAGAGAGGGUUUCAAAAAUGCCGAUGUUUCAGCCUUCCAAGAGGGACAUGGUAGGUGGGUACGAGGGUGGAGGGGACGGGCAGAUUCUAGAUCUGGACACUGCCGUGAAGGACGGUGUGUUGGGGGGAGGCGUUGGCGUUGGCGUUGGCGUUGUGGGAGGCAUGGCAUGCGAGAAAUUGGAUCUGGGGAAGAUGAUUGAGGAGCUGGACUUGUCGGAGGUACCAAGCGUGUUCAUAUGCCCAAUCUCUCUGGAAGCAAUGCAAGACCCCGUGACACUCUGCACCGGCCAAACUUACGAGCGCUCCAACAUCCUCAAAUGGUUCAACCUGGGUCACUUGACCUGCCCCACUACGAUGCAGGAGCUUUGGGAUGAUUCCGUUACCCCCAACACCACCCUCUACCGCCUCAUAUACACUUGGUUCUCUCAGAAGUACCUUCUCAUGAAGAAGAGGUCGGAGGAUGUUCAGGGUAGGGCUUCCGAGCUUCUUGACACGCUCAAGAAGGUCAAGGGUCAGGCUCGCGUCAUGGCUCUCAAGGAGCUUCACCAGGUUGUUGCUGCUCACGCCACUGCCCGCAAGACGCUUCUCGAUGAAGGUGGUGUCUCUGUAAUGUCUUCUUUGCUUGGACCUUUUACUUCCCAUGCUGUUGGCUCUGAGGUUAUUGGUAUUCUUGUUUGCUUGACUCUUGAUUCCGAUUCCAAGAAGAAUCUUAUGCAGCCUGCCAAGGUUUCUUUGAUGGUGGAUAUCCUCAACGAGGGCUCUAUUGAGACCAAGAUUAAUUGUACUAGGUUGAUUGAGUCAUUGAUUGACGACAAGGAUCUUAGGUCCGAGCUUAUCUCCAGCCAUAGCUUGUUGGUUGGCUUGAUGAGGCUUGUAAAGGAUAAGAGGCACACCAAUGGAAUCUGCCCUGGCUUGAGCCUUUUAAGAGCAAUUUGCUCCCACAAAGACAUUCGGCAUUUGCUUGUAAGCAUCGGUGCUGUUUCGCAAUUGGUUGAAUUGUUGUCUGCUUUGGAGCCUGAUUGUUUGGAAUUGGCACUUUCUAUUUUGGAUUCCUUGGCAUCUAUACCCGAAGGCAGGCUCGCUUUGAAGAAUUGUUCUAAUACCAUACCAAUCAUGGUCAAAUUGUUGAUGAGGAUCUCGGAGAAUUGCACGCAGUAUGCGUUGUCCAUCUUGUGGUCUGUCUGCAAGCUUGCACCGGAGGAGUGCUCGUCCGUUGCCGUGGAUGCAGGGCUUGCUGCCAAACUCCUCCUUGUGAUUCAGAGUGGUUGCAAUCCUCUAUUGAAACAACAGUCUGCUGAGCUUUUGAAGCUGUGCAGUUUGAAUUAUUCGGAUACAAUCUUCAUUUCCAAGUGCAAGCUUACAAGAACCAUCCUAUAAUUGAGGACUUGGCUGGCUUUGUAAAUUCAUGGGGUGGCAAAGACAAAGUGAAGAAAGAUCAGCAGCUUGUGUUCAGAGAAAGCAAAGUCUCUAAUAAACCCCAACACAUGGACCAUGGGUUUGAGGUGCGAGUCUCUCCUGUAUAUACCCGUUAGUAUUUUGAUUCCAACAAUUUAUUUGGUGAAUGAAAGAGAAUGAAUCAUAAUGUGGACAUUGGCAAAACCCUUGCUUGGGUUGGGUGAGUGAUUAAGUUUGCUUGCACUGCGGGUUUGUUUUUGGCCAGUGUUUAUUCCAAUAAAAGCCCCAAUCAAGAAGAGACUGGGAAAUUCUUUAUAAAUACCGCUAUGGGGGUAACAUGGAUGUAGAAGUGAAAGUGAAAGUGAUGUGGUUGUUGGAUAAAGAUACUUGUUAGGACUUAGGAGAGUGAUGAUGAUCACAUAGAGAUGAAUGAUGGAGCUUGCAAUUUCAAUUGUAAUUGUUGAGGAGUUGCUUUGCUCCAUGCCUUACUUUUCCUUGUAUCUUCUUCCUCUUUUUUAGAGGCCUCCAAUUUUCCAUUAAAAAAAAAAAGGAAUACUGGGAAUUUUGCUUUUGAUCUCAAAAACAUGUGUAGAGAGCGACUGGAGAGCCUUCUAUGACUGUCAAAUUUUUAUGUGUACAAUGGGAAACAAUCAUUUCUUUCAUUUUUCAUUCAUUUACUAUCCUGCAGCAACUUGUUCAAAAUGCAAAAUUGUGGUAUUUGGUUCGAUCCAAUUAAAUUCUUUGAUAUCAAUUGUUAGUAGUUUUCCUUUUUGCUGCUGCUGAAAUGACCUAUGAGGAGGGAGGGAACAGAGUGAAAGAAGGAGAUAGAUGGCAGGUGUGUGUGUGUGUGUGUACCUUUCAGCAGAUGUGGUUGAGUUCACAGUAUUUAUGGAUGAGUAGACGGUCCAGGUGGGUGUAAUACUUUUUUCCUCUUAUCCUUUUGUGGUAGAAUUUGAGGACAAGACCUCUUAUGUUUACUACUCACUGAAAUCACUGGCUGAAUUGCAAAACAAAGAAAAGCA